AUGAAGCGCGGCUGUAGCGUUAGCGCACUACUACUCGCAGUUGCGAGCACAGUUCUGGCGCAAGACAACAAUUGCUACGAAGAUGCUGGUAACUGGUACUGCAACUCGGUCCAGGCGAUCUCAUAUUCGAAUUUCGGCACCCCGGGUCAGUACCAAAAAGUGUCGUACAUGGGAUCGAAUGGCGAAUGUGAUUUCGUGGGACAGAGUUACCAAGGAGGCAUGGCGCCCAUGGACGAAGAGGUGUCAUGGCACUUCCGUGGGCCAAUUCAGCUGAAGCAAUUCGCGUUCUACACUCCUGGCUCCGGUAACACGAAGCGAUCGCUUCAUCCCAACCCGCAUCAGCGCCCAUACCCCCACAAACACCUCCACAAAUAUACGAAGAAUAAGCGCGGUGUCGGAGACUGGGUCACAGCGACGAUUGACGGACAGGUCGUGUCGUGGAUCAACUCGUACGCAGGGCCUGGCGCUGCAGCUGCAACGUCUGCUCCUGGAGACAGUGGUGACAAUGACCAGAGAGAGGCAUCUGGGUCAGCAAGUUCUGCAGACAGCGCCCCUUCACCUGAAGCGAGUAUGAAUGCAGGCUCGGGUCAGUGGGGAAGGCAGGCUUAUUACAAUGCUGGACAAGGUGUUGCCGAUGGGCUUGUCUUCCUGAACCAUCACGGCGGUGAGGGAUCGGGCGUGUUCGACACCGUUUGGGGAAUGUCGUUGUCGUAUGCCUCAGCGGAUAAUAGUGCAGGCUCUCCGUCUCCAGUGACUUUGGCAGAUACCUUGGUCCCAGACAACAGUGAGUUUGUCAUUAUGAGCGACCAGUCAUGCUCAGAUGGCGGAUGCGGAACUGUCCGGGAGGGAACGGUUGCCUACCAUGGCUUUGAUGGUGCUUCCAAGCUCUUUCUGCUUGAGUUCGGCAUGCCCUUGUCCGGCAACACAGGGUUCAAUGGGGACAUGCCCGCAGCAUGGAUCUUGAAUGCUCAAAUCCCCCGGACUGUUCAGUACGGAAACUGCUCCUGCUGGAGUUCCGGUUGCGGCGAGUUCGAUGUCUUUGAGGUUCUCGACUCUGGCGAUCAGAAGUGCAAGUCUACCUGGCACGGGCUGAAUGCCCUAGGCGACUCGAAUUGGUUCCAACGGCCGAUCAGCGGGACGACGAAAGUUGCAGUGGUGUUUGAUGGGACUUCAAGCACUGUGUGUAUUGUGAUAUUGCCCGACGACACGAGCUUUGACACGAGUAUCUCGGAGGCGACUGUAGCUGGAUUUGUCAACUCGAUCCAAGCCGAUCUGAACAUUCAGGCUGCUUUGGCCAGUUGA